AAAUAAACAAGGGCGCCCAGGCCCGGCGGUGUGGCGGGAUCCGGGCCCCUCCAUGGCCGCCAGCGGCUACGACGACCACCUCCGCCGCCUGCAGGCGCAUCUCCGGGACAGUGAAACAAAGAGAGUGGAAUUGGAAAGAAAAAUGCUUGACUACAGCAAAUCUGGAAUUUGCACAACUAAAUUGCAGUACAUGAAUCUUAAGAAAUACUUAAAAGAAAUAUGUGAGCGUCAGGAGAUGUCUCUGCUCCGGAACCAGGAUUUGUUGAGGGAAUUUGAUUGCUUUGAACAGCAUAUUAGGAAGUUUGCUUCAAGUGCAGAGUCCCUUCAGAAGCUCAAGGCACAAUAUGAAACAGAAAUUAAAAGCAAGCUUAUCCUUGAGAAAAAGAACUUAUUAAAAAGUGAAGAGAGAGAUGGCAUUAAACAUCAGAUGGUGCCAGAAGCAAGACAGGUGGGAAUUAAUGCUGGGAGAGCAAUGUCAAGAGGCCUGUAUCGUGCGGCAGCCAUCUUUAUGGGUCGCCAAAUGUCAGCUGUCUCAGAAGCUGAAGAUUUCGACGUGCAGCACAAAUCUUCGGCGCUCACAAAGAGCUUUUCAAUUUCUGACCAACAUUCACGUAGACAAGCAUCACAGAGCAGUUAUGUGACAGACAGCUGUGUGCUACAAACGAAUCGUGAUCUACAGCCCUCAAAUAAGCCUGACAAAAUGGAUGGGAAGACGCAUCUGCUGAUGGUUCCUGGAGAUAAUCUACAAAUGGGCAAAACUGCACAGAAGGAAGAAACUGAAUGUUCAGAUUCAAGCAGUGAUCUUACGGUCUCUUUGAGUGAGGAGGAAGAAGAAGGAAAUCUGUUAAAAUCACAGCAGACUUUACAGAAAGUUGGCUGCAAGAAUUCAGGCAACACAACAUAUAAGGAAGAAGAACAUUCAUGUUCGCAAGAAAGAUUAUAUGACUCUUUUUCGGAUGGAGACUCAUCUUUUAAGCCUGCAGUAAGAGGAUGCUUAUCGUUUGAAGGAUUCGCUCAUGUCCUGACGUUCCUAGAAGAGUUGGUGGCUGGAGCGGCUUCUGGUAGCUUGGCAUUAUACAAGAGAAAAGCUGUGAAUGAAGCAGAACUGGAAAACCUUAAGAGGCUGUGUAAUGAAACUGGCAGCUUAGAGCAAAAAGACCUUGAGUUAUGUGAAGCACUUGUCCUUCAUCAUCUUCAGAGCUUAUUGCAAAGCACAAUGAAUACAUGUCUUUUACCAGAGAAAGCGUUUCACGGUAGAAGUGAGAUGCUUGAUGGAAAACAAGCCAGGCCUGAACUAACAUCUUAUUUUGCAAUGACCUGGGAACGAUUAAGCAAGCACAUCUUAUUCUUGCAAAAGCACCAUGUUUUACUUGAACAAGAAGUGAAAGACAUGUUUGGUACCUUACUAAUCUCGGAGAGACGCGAACAAGUUGGCCUGGCUGCACCACUAUUGAAUGCCAGCCUUUCAGAAGAAUGUAAAGACAGGUCACUUGCUUCUAGCGAUAAAGGCUCUCGUAAAUCUCGGCCAAACAAUAGCAAAGAAAAGCAAGAAGGCACAAGCUGGUGUGAAGAUGAGAGCAAGGAAGAAGGCCUGGUGGAAAAGAUUCCUAUUGCAGGUUUGAAUAUUGACAGCAGUGGUCUGAAGGAACAGAAAAGCUACACAAGCAGUUCAGAACCUAGUUUUUCAUCUCUGGAAAGAAGCAGCCCUUUGUCAAGGGAUGAAGUCCAAAAGGGAGUGGUGUCUGCCAUAAAAUCCAAAGCCUUCUGGGGCGACUCCGACGACAGCAACUCGGAGAUUGAAGCGGCUCUGCGUCCUCAAGUGCAGGGCUCACACGAGGACGACUUCUGCGACUGACCCGACACGCGUGCGACGACAGGACACGCCCAGCGGGUGCUUUACCGAGGGAGCAGCUGGGGAGGGGGCUGCUUGGAGAAGGGGUGGUGGUAGGUGGGUUCAUGCAGCCUGUUCUGUGGCCCACUUCCCCACUUCAACUCACCUGCUUGGGUUGCAAGUUUGCGCGUGGGUGUAAAGGCUGGUUUCAAGCUGAAAGGCCCGAGACUCGCUCCUUGCCUUUGUAUGCACUUGCUUUGCUUGCCUGGGGUGGUGAGAAUGGGAGUUGGCAGGCGGACCUCCGACACCGUUCCAGCCCAUUCCCUCAACGCAGCUGUCGAUGUUCUAAAAUGGCUGUUACAUGCUACUACAAAACAGCUCAGGUCCAAUUUUGGAGCAAAACAGACGUGAUGUUAUUCAGGCAAGUUACUAAUCAUUUCAUGUGAAGCAUAGUUCCCGAUCCACAUAGGGAUUCUGGCUUGAGGCCCUUGAACUGUUUGUCGCCACUGCAGUCAGUCUGGAUUUCCUCCUGCUCUCGCCACCCACCCCCAAGCCCCAGUCGCUGCGCUUGGCCCCAGGAAGAAAGCUGUCAUUUGAUGGGCACUUCCUACCACUGCAAAUAGCACCACAGGGGUCUGGAUAGGGGUUCAGGCUGGGUGGGAAGCCAAGGGUUCCGUGCCACCCCCUCUGCUAUUCCAGUCUGUGCUUUGCUCUCCUCUCGUGGCAGCUAGUAACCUAAAAUGUCAGUCAGUUAAUACACACGAGAAUGACGCCAGAUGUACUUUGGUCUCACUUGGCACUUGGGAUGUAGCUGUAAGCUGUAUUAUUUUUUGAAAAAUCUACAGCUCAUCUAUGUGCCUCAGCGACAGAAUAUUUUAUACUCCUGGCUUGCCGUGCCGUGUGUUGUGCGGACCUGCAUUCGCUACAAUACAAGCAAAACACAAGACAUGCUCCCCCGUGGGUGAAGUUUCCUUCCUGUGCCAGGAAUUUUUACAUGGCUCCCUCUUACUUAAAUGAGGGGAUGGCUAACUGGUUGAGGACUUCCUGCACAUAGUACAGCCAAACUAGACAUUAAAUUAGGAAGAUGUCAAAAAAGAGAAAAACAUAAAAAUGUCUUUAAAAAUAUAGAUGAAAGGGGAUUGUUUUCACUGGGACCAUGGCAGGGGAAGAAGUUCAUUCCCUCUCUGAAUGCUGUGGUCCUAAUGAAAAUCCCCCGGCCUCUUGGGGAAGAAACAAUUUCCAAGUACAUCACACAGAGUUAGGCCUGAAAAAACAGGGUUACAGGUUUUUAUUGAAAAGCACAAGACAGCCGGAAUGGACAUGCUGAGAAAGCAAGGAAAAGAUACUGUCUACAAAAACCGGGCUGUGCUCGUCAGAGGCAGACAACUAUGGAAGUGCCUGUACUUUCCAGCUGUAAAUCAGAGCAACCCAAAUUUGGUUGGAAAAGGAGAAUAAGAACUUCCAAUUCUUAAAUCUAUUCCUGCCUCUAUUAUGCGCUACCUUGGUUCCCUUUUAGGCAAGGCUCUUGUCGGAAGGUUCUCUCAAGACCUUCCUAUAAGCAGGGUGAUAAAGUAUGCAAAAGCAUCCAUGAGGCAAGUUUUGCAUCAAAGAAAAGGGGUAGCGAACUGGCGACACAGGAGGCAACAGCAUAUUAUUUGAAGAGCAAGGCGUGAUGAGAGGCAAGGUUUUAAACGUUUUAAGCUAGCUGGCGAGAGGGAAGAGCAAGUGCCUCUUCUCCCAUGAGCAGCUGAAGCAAUUCCAACUGCUCUGUGGGGAAGCUUUGGAUGAUUUGGCAGUUUCGAUCACUGCAUUUAAUUAAUGCUGGAAUUUUACUUGCAACCCUUCCUGGGAGGAUUCAUAUUCUGAAGACAAGAUAUAAAUCACUACAAUAAAUAAAAACUGCAAACUAUUUUACAAACAACCAUUUCAGUAUUACAUCUGGACUUGAACAGAAUCCCUUCUCGAGGAACCUAUGAGAUGUAUCCUACAAAGAGGGAUAAUAAACCGUGUGACGACCUGUCGUGUGUGUUUAUUCAUUAGCGAUACUUAUAUACCAUCUCUGAUUUGAAAUAUAUCCCAAAGCAGUUUACAGAAGAACAAACAGGAGCACACAUGCACACUAGUAGUAUGUGGUUGGGGGAAAGAUAGCUCAGGACUAGGGAAAGGCCAAAACAAACAUAAACACCUAAAACGUGUUAGCACUGAGGCCCUGCUUUCACUUGCUGGUACUGAAACCUGGCAGUACAGCUUCACUUCUUCACUCCCAGCAUGGUCCUCUGCCUAUUUCCAUACACAUUCCAGAUUCUGUGCCAAGGAGUUCCACUAGCAGCUUUUUAAAU